AUGUCUCAAUCUAAAGUCCACGCACGCAUCGAAGAGCUCCUCGCCAACAACCGCGAGUUCGCCAAAGAAUGGCACAACCCGUUCCACAUGAAAGAGAUGCGCCCCAAGGCAAAAGCUAGUGAGACUGGAAUCCUUGUCUUAACAUGCCUCGACCCGCGCGUCGUUCCCGAAGCAUUCCUAGGCCCCAACCUCGGCGCCGGCGUGGUCCGCAACGCCGGCGGCCGCGCCAACGACGAAGCCAUCCGCUCCAUUCUCGUCCUGCGCUCCCUCGCGAACGUCAAAGCCGUGCUCGUAAUCCAUCAUACCGACUGCGGCAUGACUCACGUGACGGAGGAGGAGAUCAAGAAGGACAUCGUGGCUAGAGGCGGGGAGGCAGCACUGGGGAAGUGGGAGCAGGGCAGUUUCGGGGCUUUCAGUGCAGCGGAGUUUGAGGAUGUGAUUAGGAGGGAUGUGGAGAGUUUGAGGAAGGAGAAGGUGCUGGAGGGGGUGGAGAUUUUGGGGUAUGGGAUGGAUAUUGAUGAGGGGGUUGUUAGGGAGGUGAAGUAG